CAUGAAUAGUAGAUUCAGAUAUCCGUGGCCUGGUUCCAAAGGUCAAAAUGGCGACGAUAUGGUCACGAAGUUUUGCAUCCACUUUAACUUCCCCUAAAAACCAAGUUUGUAGCAUUUUACUUCGGUUCGGAACUGGAAAAUGUAUGGCAAAGAGAAGGUCUAUAUCAAACCUCGCUAAACUCCCCGAAACACAUGAAAUGUUGCGUCAAACAUGCAGAGAUUUCGCGGACAAGGAGCUGGCUCCUAUUGCUGCAAGUCUUGAUAAAGAGCAUAAGUUUCCUUUGGAACAGGUAGCGUCACUGAAUGUGUUCUGUUUCAAGUUUAUCCUUUAGUUGAAUAUUGUUUUUCUGUUCUUUUGUUUAAUACGGUAUUGAUUGAUCAUGAGUGUAAAACAAAAGAAAAACAAUAUUUGAACCAACGAUAAAAUCAAACGUCACAAAUAUUUGUCAUCCUUGUUUUUGUUGCCUUUAUCAUGAUUUUUGCUAGUGAUAAAUAACUAUAGGAUGUUUUAACUCCCCCGGCCCAUCCCCCUUUAAUUUUUAAACAACCUUCUCCCCCAGACCCCUCACAAAGUCAAGGUUUAAGGAAAACUUUUCCAGGACUUUUGAAGUACAUUGUGUGAUCCCAAAAACUAUCCAUAGCUCCACCAUGGAAGGGAUUUUUCCUUAGGCUACUAAGUAGUGCAGUGGAGCGGACACCUGGUUAAUGCAGACACCUGUAUAUAUUGGACAGUUUCGUUGGUCCCAAUGAAAGGCUGAUGUAUUUUCUCUUACAUUUACCUGUGUAAUAGUGACAGAGGUCAAUAGGGACAACGGACACUUUUCUGUGUCCCGAGUCACAAACUCUUAUAUAUCACAAGCAGUAGAAGGGAUGUGUAUCUGCAUGUGUGAUUACAGGCAGUUCAGGGAGGAAUGUUUAAAAAAAAGAUAAUUCACUAAGUAGUAUAUCAGAGAUAAUUGGAGCUUUAUUCCAGGCAACCAUUUGAUUGUUGAUUUAAAAAAGGUACCUGUAACAGCAAUAUAUCAUUUCUUAGCAAAAUUUAAAACACUAAACUCAUCACAAAGAGAUGAGCUUGGGAACUGUUGCCUUUCAGGUUAGCUGCAGGGAGAUAUCCCUGGCAACCCUGGAAUGCAGGAACCAACCAAAUGCGCGUCCACUAACCGGCACCAUUACACUAAAAUAAUUCUGUGGAAAAAACUUUCCUGAAAGGAUACAUACCGUGACAACCAAACACAACAGUGGGAGGGAGGAGAGGGUGCAAGAAUCUGCAAUGAUUAGCAAGCGAUAGCUGUUCUUUUAACCCACAAAAAUCAGCUGAUAACACUGUACAUGUAAAGCAAUGAACCUUGAAACCCUGCACAACCCCUGGAGGCCACCCCAAAGGUCACGUACUGCCGAUGGGGAAGACUGCUGGCUGCAUAAGCUCAAGUUUAAUUUUGCCUAAAUGAUAUUAAGCCGCAUAAACAUGAGUCGCCCAUAUCUCAGUGGUUAGAUCGUCCUACUGGUAUCUGGAAGGUCAUGGGUUCAAUUCCUGCUGGGAACUCAGAUUAUUAUUAUUUUGAAUCCCAAGCAUUUCUUUGUUGUACCUAAUAUUUAAAAAAUACAUUAUUAAUGAAAUUGAAAAUAAUGUCCAUCAACAGGUGAAAAAGUUGGGAGAACUUGGCCUCUUAUCAAUGGAGGUGCCUGAGUCAUUGGGAGGAUCAGGUUUAGAUUACCUGGCAUAUGCCAUAGCAACAGAAGAAAUUAGUAGAGGCUGUGCAUCAACUGGAUGCAUUAUGAGUGUUAAUAAUGUAAGUUGAUCAUAAACAUUUGUUUCUUGAUCUGUAUUGUAUUUCUCUGAUGAUAACUCCAAGCAUAAAGUGGUUGAACUUAAAAAAUAAAUUAUAAUGAUGUGCAUUAAAUGUGAUCUGUAUUUCUUUGUUGAUGACUCCAAGCAUGUAGUGGUUGAAUUUAAAAUUGUAAAUGAAAAUCAUGUAUUUCUGUACACCAGCAGUAAUGAUAAAAUUAUGUCAUUGAUUUUUUUGCAGUCUCUUUACCUUGGUCCAUUGCUGAAGUAUGGAACAGAUGAACAGAAAAAGAAAUGGAUAACUCCUUUCUGUUCUGGCGAGCGUCUUGGCUGCUUUGCUCUCAGUGAACCAGGUUAGACGUUUCAAAAUGUAAAUAGAUGUAUGAACAGCUCCUCAAAAAAAAGUCCUUGUCAAAAAGAAAGUGAGUGGGCCAAGGGGUAUUUUUGCAUAGAGCUCUGCUAUUAUAUAGCUCGAGAUUUUUACCCAACAGAGCACACUUUUAUUAGUGAUUUUGAGGUCAUAUGACAUCCGUAAAUAAAAGUGUGUUGUGAUAAAAGUCUCUGAAUGGGCAAGAUUGCAAGAUCUAUUAUGUCAGAGGGUAUCAAUGCACUCUUCCCCUUGCUGAGAUUUGUUUCGUAAAUUGUAACAUAAAUAAUUUUUGUUACAAAAGGUUUUUUUAAGGAGCUACGUAUCACUUUGUGACUGGUCCCUCAGCAAACUAGGUAUAUUUGCUUCCUUUCAGAUCCUACAGUUUCCCUCUACUCUAUCUUGCGAAAAAAAGAGUUCAGAUUCGAAACUGGUCAAACCCUGGGAAUUUGUCAAAGUAUCUCUAGGACUGAGGGCCCAAAUGUUUUUAGGCGGUCUAAAAUUUCAACAGACAUUGAGGACUCAGAUAUACUCUUGGAAUUUUGGGGGGUGAAAAAACAAAAUGAAGAAUUGAACCUGGGGAUACAUUUGUUAGGGAAACAAGUGUUUUCUUUCUUUUAUAUGGUGGCGAUAGGAUAAUCCCCAGAAUUUAGUCAGAUGCCUGUUGAGGAAAAUACUUGAGUUUACCUACUGGAAUUCAAACUUAUUGUUUAACACCCUCCCCAUUGAUGUCCAUAGCUAAAAAGAAGAAACAAAACAGCACCCAAGCAGUAUAAUGAAUUUUGAAAAAAAUAGACCUAAUGUGUUAAAACUUUCAGAUAAUGGCAGUGAUGCUGGUGCAGCAAAGACCACUGCUAAAUUAGAAGGAGAUCACUGGGUUUUAAAUGGAACAAAGGCCUGGAUAACCAAUGGCUAUGAGGCAGAGGCAGCAGUGGUCUUUGCCACAACAGAUAAGUCAUUAAAACAUAAAGGAAUCAGUGCAUUUCUUGUUCCAAAGCCAACUGAAGGAUUGUCACUUGGAAAGAAAGAGGAUAAGCUUGGGAUAAGGGCAACUUCUACUUGCUACUUGAUUUUUGAAAAUUGCCACGUUCCAAAGGAAAAUCUGCUUGGAGAGCCUGGUUUUGGUUUCAAGAUUGCAAUGGUAAUAACCAACUUUGUUCUUCUAUGUUUUCUGCAGAAAAAAGGCAAGAUUAGGCUUUUGCUUUUAUAGUUGUUAAAGCUUCAUUUUGUGUUUGUUUUUCAGGCCACACUUGAUGCAGGUCGUAUUGGUAUUGCUGCUCAAGCACUAGGAAUUGCUCAGGUAUUUUUUUGUUUUACUUUACCUAUCGAUCAUUAAUCUCUGCAAUGGCUUGCUUCCUCAGAGUCCCCAUGUACCAAAUGAUCACGUAACACUGAACAUUCUUGAACACCACAAAAAAUGUCCAAUAAAUAAAUAAAUAAAUAAAUAAUAAAAACAGCAGAAAUAAUUAAUAUUUUCAGGGCUACGGUUAGGGUUUCUGUUUACCUUUUUCAUUUUACCUAUUGCCUGGUUUUCUAUGUUGUUCUUUUGGUGUUCUGGAUGAUAUAUUCCUGAUAGAAUCAAGUGAUUUUCCAUUGAUACCUAUGUCAGGACACCACCAAAAAAACCUACUUCAAGACUUGAGUAUCUGAUUAUCCCGAAGCCCAGGGAGAGGACGAAUGGUCCCAAAUAAAGGUUUAAUUUUUUUUUUAACCAAUCCGUAUGAUGUUUGUUUUAGGCAGCAUUAGAGUGUGCCAUUGACUAUGCACAGAAAAGGGUUGCCUUUAAUCAGCCAAUCUCACAGUUUCAAGGAAUUCAGGUAUGUCAUUUUUUGGAUAUAUCUACGAAUCAAUAGAAUGUGCCAUUAGUUCCCAAGAGUAGUCGGAAGUUUUGUUUGAAACUCUGGCUGUACUCCCUAAACCAGAUAGAAAGUCAAUAAUUUGUGAUCUUGAUGGUGUCUGUUGUAACAGAAUAUUAAUGGUUGGUAUUGUUUCAUUACAAACAGAUGAAAUUAGCUGAUAUGGAAGUGAGGUUACAAAGUGCCAGGCUAUUGAAUUGGAAGGCAGCAAUGCUUAAAGAUGCAGGCGAAAAUUUUACAAAGGUGUGUUGGUAUUCAAAGUUAAAAGUGUCCAGUUAAGUUUUUGCAAAAAGGUGUGACCAUAGGUGUGUCUUUUUUCCCCUUUCUUGUAGGAGGCGGCCAUGGCAAAGCUAGCAGCAUCUGAGGCUGCCACCUACAUUUCACAUCAGGUACAUCUAUUUUUAUAAUAUCAUUGACUCUGGUGGUAAAAGGGUUUACAUCUCACUCUGCCAGGUUGCACAGGCUGUCCACUUUAACUAAUAGGACCACCAAUUUAGUGGCCCAUAUAAAGCCCUUUCCGAUCUUUGAGAAUGUAGCCUUUCUAAAAGGGUACCAUUUUUUGACUGUCUUUAGUGCAUUCAAGUCCUUGGAGGUAUGGGUUUUGUGACAGAUAUGCCAGCAGAACGAUACUACAGAGAUGCACGGAUCACAGAAAUUUAUGAAGGAACAAGUGAAGUACAAAGAAUAGUGAUAGCUGGAAAACUUUUGAAAGAAUAUGGCCAAUGACAUCUUAAUCUUGGCUUUUAUUUAAUUGAUUAUUUCUCCAAUUUCAUGAAAGGUAGUAUUUAAACUUUUUUUAGCAUAGUUGAAAUGUUCAAUUUUACCACCUCUUUGGUUUGGGAAAUGGAAUGAUUUACCAAGCAGAGUGGUUGCAGGUGGAAGAGAACUGAGCUGCCUAAUCAAUAAAAAGUGAAAGGGUUUGUUGAUGUACCUUAAAUGACCCAAUAAAUAACUAGGACAUCUAUUUAAUUUAAGGGGUCCAAGCGGGGGCUGUUAAUAGAUAAAUGGUGUUUAUUCUC